AUGAUACUGGAUCUUUAUUCCUGGUGCUGCUGUAUGUAUGUGUGUACGCAGGUCGCCGAUGGACCCCGGGAUGAAGGCGAUCAAGAGGCUGAUUGGGCUGCCUGGAGACACAUGAUAUCCGGAAGAUACCGGAUGGACACUGCUGGGUCGAAGAGGACAAUGGCAGCUUUGGAUGCAGAUAAAAAAGGCUUGGCUACUAUUGCCGGUGAGGUGAAGCAGUUGGCUCUAAGGGUAAAGGAUAAAAGUCUAAAACCAGAAGAUUAUGAGCCAUUGAGCCGUGGCUAUCUUGGCAUUGUCAUCACGGUAUGGUUAAAUGAUGGUACGAACACCUGGAACAGGUUUGAGAUCUGGGUGCACAAGAGGGUCAUCGACCUUGUCAGCUUCCUUGAUGUUGCCAAGCAUAUCAUCAUGGAGAGGGUGAUGUGA